CUCUCCACCCCUCCUCUCUCUGUGUCCCUACUGAAAAGCCGUGAAAUUCCUGAAGGUUUACGCUUUUGUUUCGAUUGUUUUGGCGCAAGAAUUCGUGGAUUUCUUGGAGAUGCUCGGCUACUAACCAGCUAUAACAUUAGGCUACUAAAGUACAUUUGCCACUGGUUGUAACUUCAAAGCCGCGUAAACAAGCUUCCCAUAAUCUUGCAGUUCAACACCCUUCUCCCGUUACAGUGAGCGAGAAGUUGAGAUAAAGGAACGGGGAAUUAAAAAAAGUGUGGAAACUCAGGAAGAAGGAGGGGGAGAAGGAAGGAGAAUAAAGGGAAACUAGGAAGAGUUUUCGCUCAAGGAAGCGAGAGAAAGUUAUGUGGACACAAGAAUCCUCUCCCCGGGUUUGACAGCGCAAGAAGCUGUGAUUUCUACUCCCCUGGGAAAUUGUACCUCAGAGCUCCCCAGGUCACCCCCCUCUCGCACUCGCUUUUGCUUCCGGCACCUCCUGAUUUACAAAUUAAGCACUGCCUACCACCAAGUAGUGUAGUAUAGUUGUUAUAACAGCUUAGUAACCAGUAGGUUACUAUAGUUCUUUAUAACAUGUUUAUUAAGUAGUAGUAUAUCAUCUUUAUCUUAGACAACCCUCCAACCCAGAGCGGAGUGAAGUCUACCCACGCUGGCACUCUCUGCCACUGACACAAGAGAUGGAGGGAGAGAAGGAGAAAGAGAGGGAGCGGGGAGAGGAGAAAGAGAGCGACGAGACGGAGGAAGAGGAGAAACAGAGCGACGAGGCUGAAGAGGAAGAUGAUGAAGAGGAUGAUGAUGCGGAAGGAGCGGCGUUGGUGUGGCAGGAGGGGUCCUACGGAGAGGAUGACCUGGGCCUACCCAUAAUGCAUUGGGAGGCGCUGAGCCUGCGCAUCGCAGAGCUGGAGAAACAGGAAGAGGAAAAGAGAGAGAAGAAAACAAAGUCUUCCAGUGUCCUGGAACGAGGUAAGAAAUUGUCAGCAAGCCGGCCGGAGGAGAGAGAGAGAGGGAAGACGCUGUCCAUGAACCGGCCAGGAGACAGGGAGCAAGGGAAGAGUAAGGAGAGCUGGGAGGACGGAGGCGAGGAGGACUGCAAUAGCCGCGUGACAGCCCUAACUUCUCGUCUUUCGAAUCAGAUGAACCUCCAGCUGUGCUUCAUCAAUGACAGCGGAAGCGAAGAAGAGGAUGAGGAUACUGGCAAAAAAGUUAGCGUGAAGAAUUCCAAAAUGGUUGGUAAGAGCAGUCCCAGUGGGCAGGUGUGCCAGCAGCCAAAGUUCCCUGCCCCCCCUGCAGCCAAGAGCAAAUCAUCAGGCUUCAAGGCUGCGCUGAGCGCACUCAGAAACAAGCUGAGGACCGAGCAGAAACAGGAGAGCCCAGCUUGUUGUAAUCAGCUGUUGAAGAGUAGAAGACUGGACCGUAGUGACCUGCAAGCCUUCAGUCUCAAAGAGCUCAACGUCCACCAAAACUCUCUCAACAAGGCUAUACAAGACCUUAGCACAGAGCUGGUGGUUCAUCUACAGACUCGGGACCAGCUGAGGACAGAACAGGAUGCUAUGCUGCUGGAGGUACAGGAUAUGACAUCACUCUGAAGUCACCUUAGAAUCACAUAUAGAAACCUGACCAAGAUGGCUGCCAUUAUCAGCACAAUCUUAGAGCUAUGCAGGUCUAUGAAAAGCCACUCUUGCGUAUUAUAUACUCUAUGGACGACACUUUCAGAAGGCCCAUCACCAUAGAAUAAUUAAAAUCAUUCUAAGUUCUACGGUCGUCGUCUAAUAAAAUGGAAUCCCGGUGUUAGAGAUCAGGUCACAAUCAGUCAAUGACGGACACCGGUGCUUGAAAUUAAUGGACGAAUCAAAUCAAUGUGAAGAGACUGCAUCACUCCUAAAUACUUUUUGGAUUGAAUUGCACAGCAUUUUGUUUUUAUUUCCCAGUGAGCAAAACUGGUUGAAAUGACGUCAUCACACCCAGUUUCACAGUCGUUAUGACAUCAUAUCAACCCGGUUUUGCUCUGUCUUUUUCUGUGUUUUUAUAAAGGGAAACGUGUAUGUCUGGACUGUUAAUGUUGUUGUGUUGUAGUGUUUUAGGGGGAAAAUGACGGUAAUAUUAUAAGGGAUUAAUAAGCUGCUAUUGCUGCCCAUGGAUCAGUCUAGUUCUAAUGUCCAUUGUCAUCCACAUGGUGAAAUGCAAUGAUUGUUUGGUAGCACAUUAUUUGAACUGUACGUCAUACGGUAUCAUAACAAAUGUCCGAAGAUUUCCUGUCAUUGAGCGUUACGACGUAGAGUUUGAAUAAAGUGUUACCCGAUUGUUUUUAUUCUUGUUGCUGGGACACGUUUCAUUGUUUGUUUUGAUUUUACGUUGCUACGUCUUCUAUUCUCGUCUAUGUUUUAAUGUAUGUAUGAUGAUCGUUGAAUGAGUCAGUCAGAGAAACGGGCAUUACUAACCAAACACACACACACACAGUAAUGCGAGCACAGCUCAACUCAAUGACUUGGGUCUAUUUGAGAUAGCAGGAAGUGUAAAAGGAAUGGAGUACUAUAUUAACCUGCAUACUGUUGUAAUAUGACAACAAUGUACCUACCAGCCGACCGACAAGAUGCCUGACCAAGCUUCUCAGUCGUUUGGUACUGUUGUCAUAAAACAGCAACACAAACACACAGACACACACACAAGGAGCAUUGGGAUUUUGUGUGGGUUACAUGAGUUUGACAUCACUGUUGACUUUGUUUUAUUCUACAAUAAUUUUGCAUGAAAUAAACAGGUUGUCAAGGACACAUAUUGUA